CCAGUGUAGCUCCCAGGAACGUGGGGAAUUUGUGAAAGAGAAAUAAUGAAAAUGGCGUUGACAGAGAAUUGUAUGUUUGUGUAGACGUUGUUAUUAUUUGUGGAAUCAUCAAUCAGUGUGUGAAAAUGUUUUUGUGAAACUGAAUUCAACAACAGUUAUAAGUGAUGUGGCCUCAGAUUGUACACUUACAUGGGGACCCUUGAAGCACCUUGCUAGCCAUGCCUCUCAAUGAAGACAUAUCUACAGCACUCCAAUUGCUGGAACACAUACAACACACCAUAGAUGUCAGUGAUGAUGCCAAGCUCCAAUCUCAGACUAGUGAUGACCUGAAUUUGCUCAUCUCUGUUCUAGAGAAUCCUAUCCUACGUGGCAUCAUAUCUGUUCAGGACUCAUUGAGUGAGCUGAAUCAGCAGUUGCAGCAGCACCCAUCAAUCUUGCCAGUUGACUUUGACAUUACUCCAUGUGGUGAUCUGGUGCUGAAUGUACCACCCUCAGUGGAUCUUUAUGACCCAGGAUUUGAACAAGAUUACCAGAAUCAUGAGUUUGAUGAUCAGAGAGUGCCUGUGGCUAAACUGUCUCAUAGCUCAUCUGGUGAUACAUCAUCACCGCAGAUCACUAGUCCCAGUUUGGCCCCCGAGGACGUGGCUCUGCCCCCUAUAACAACUCCGACUUAUGCAAUAGAGUUCCAGAAAGCCAUCAAGGCAUCCUCACGAGGCCGUGAAGUUCUCACUGUACAGCUGUUCAAGCCGGAAGGAAGCAGUCUGGGUUUCAGUGUAGUUGGCCUGCGCAGUGAAGAGAAAGGAGAGCUUGGGAUCUUUGUGCAGGAGGUCCAGAAUGCUGGCAUAGCGGGGCGAGAUGGAAGACUUCGUGAAGGUGACCAGAUCCUAGCUAUCGAUGGGCAGCCACUUGACUCCAACAUCUCCCACCAGCAGGCCAUCAGCAUUCUGCAGAAGGCCCGUGGGCUGGUGGAGUUGGUGGUAGCCCGCAGUGGGCCUGAAGACACCCCUGUCACUCCACCAUCACCCUCUCCUGUCGACCGUUCCCCCUCAGCUGUCAGUGACACAUCAAAGGCUGGAUCCGACAUGGUGCUGAACACAGAGUGGGCACAGGUUGAGGUGAUUGAUCUGAUAAAUGAUGGCUCUGGGUUGGGUUUUGGAAUUAUUGGCGGUCGGAGCACUGGAGUGGUAGUUAAGACCAUCCUGCCUGGAGGGGUUGCGGACAGGGACAAUCGUCUGCAAAGUGGAGACCACAUCCUGCAGAUUGGAGAAGUUAAUCUGCGAGGUAUGGGAUCUGAGCAGGUGGCAGCAGUGCUGCGGCAGUCUGGCAGCCACGUUCGCCUGGUGGUGGCUCGACCUGUUGAACCCACAUCUCCAGACUAUCAGGCUCUGGGUAGUCAUGCUCCAAUUGUCCCCACAAAGAUCCUGGGAGAUCCUGAUGAGCUGGACCGCCACCUGCUCCAAAAUGGCUACCCAGAGACAUUCAACCCCCAUACACCAGUAGUGGACACGUAUGACAACCAGUUUAUCUUCAGCCAGCAGGACUCAGAGAUUGAGCUUCACCCCCAACCAAAUCUAGUAGUUGAUGUUGUGAGAAAUCCUCAGCCCAUCGGAGCAGCUCCCUCCUUGCCAAUUCUUACCAUGGACAUGAUGCCACUUCCAGAGAUGGAGAAGUUUACUGUGGAGCUAAAAAAGGACUAUCAUGGCUUGGGGAUCACCAUUGCUGGAUAUGUCUGCGAGAAGGAGGAACUGUCUGGAAUUUUUGUGAAGAGCAUCAGUGAGGGCAGUGCUGCUGACCUGUGCAAGAAGAUCCAAGUGAAUGACCGCAUUGUUGAGGUGGAUGGGUGCUCCCUGCAAGGUUAUACGAACCACCAGGCCGUUGAAGUAUUGAGAAGCACGGGGCAGACUGUCAAGUUAUGUCUUGAGAGGUACCUGCGUGGCCCCAAGUUUGAGCAGCUGCAACAAGCCAUUGCAAACAGCGAGCUGAAACCUCCAACCCCUUCCUCACCUUCUGCCACAUCACUACCUCGCUUCCCAGUCAGCACGGAUGGAGAGGAGACGGAGAUCGAGAUCGAGGGUGAGUCCCACACGACGAUCGACUCAUUGGUGCUGGAGCCACUGGAGGCCACAAAUCCAGAUGUUGUAGUGGAGGCACUGAUUGAUACUAACUAUGCUGGGAAGUUGAAACCUGCAGUUGAAGCAGCCAUCAAGGCCAAGUGGGGGAAGAUCAUGGGACCAGAUGUAGAAAUAGUGGUGGCACAGCUUUGCAAGUUUGGUGAAGGUGGUGGCCUGGGAAUCAGCCUGGAGGGCACGGUUGAUGUGGAGGAUGGCCAGGAGGUUCGUCCACACCACUACAUUCGCUCGAUCUUACCAGAGGGACCAGUUGGAAAUAAUGGAUGCCUUCACUCUGGAGACGAGUUGCUGGAGGUGAAUGGGCAUCGUCUCCUGGGCAUGAAUCACAUUGAGGUGGUAACCAUCCUGAAAGACUUGCCGGUGAAUGUGAGGAUGGUGUGUGCGCGACGCCUCGGAGAUAUAGUGCCAUAUCGACUGAUAGACACUUCUCAGGACAGAGCAGCAUUUGCAGCAAGGAAUAUUCUUGGAGGCAGCCUGCAGAACCUCAUCCCAGCAACAGAUCGCCUCGUGAAAGCCAAAUCAGACGGGUCACUGGCGUCUACUACCACCACAGCCACAGCUACUGAUGCCAGCUUCUCCAAGAUGAAGUCACGAUCCCUUGAGCCGCUGACAGGCUUGGCCAUGUGGAGCUCUGAGCCCCAGAUAAUAGAGCUGACCAAGGGAGAACGUGGGUUAGGGUUCUCCAUCCUCGACUACCAGGACCCGAUGAAUCCCAAUGAAACGGUGAUAGUGAUCCGGAGCCUCGUGCCAGGUGGUGUUGCUCAAGUCGAUGGCCGCCUCAUUCCAGGUGAUCGCCUGCUGUUUGUUAAUGACACUGGAUUGGAGAAUGCAUCUCUGGAUCAAGCUGUCCAGGCACUGAAAGGAGCCCCCAAGGGAGUUGUGAGAAUUGGUGUGGCGAAGCCUCUGCCCAUACCUGACAGCGUGUCCCACAGUCAGGAGCUGCUGGAGGGCCUCAGCCAGGCCACGCCCACUCUGGAUGACCACUCUAUGUUCAGCAGUUCUGGGUCCGUCUCGCCCGAACUGGAAGACACGGAGCCCCCUCCAGUGCCUCAGAGUCCUCCGCCAGUGUCAGAAGAUGAGGUAGAGCGCAGCACUGAUGAGGACCAAAGUAGUGACCUGCUGCAGCUGAUGGUUCCAGUGGCCACAGAACGCCUCAUUGCCUCACAUCAGACAUUUUCUGGUGAACUGACUGAUGAAGAACUAGAAGAAGAGGAAGUGGCAGCAGCUUGGGCAGCAGAUGUUUUGCAGUUUCCAUCCUCUCUCGAGGUGGACAUCCGAGUCCACAAAGGAGCUGAACCUCUUGGUCUAAAUGUGGACUCGGUAGACAAAGGAGUGAAUGGGAUGCUGGUGGUUGCGGUGGCAGGAGGUGGAUGCAUAGCCCGUGAUGGUCGCAUCAUUCCUGGUGACUACUUGUUGUCUGUUAACAAUGAGAGCCUUCGCAAAGUGACUAAUUCACAAGCUCGUGCCAUCCUUCGACGCACACAACUCCUCUCGACAGACAUAAGUGUGACAUACAUCCCAGGGGAGGCAGCAGCAACCUACAGGAAAUUGCUGCAGGAUACCGAACCACCACCUGGUCUGGCAGCCCUACAGAAGCAGCCACUCCAGAUAUCUCCAAGGAUAUUCCCUGAGUACUAUCGCUCGCCAUACAUACAGCAGGGAGGUGAGAAGGCUCCAGAUGUUGUGCCAAGUGAAGAGCCUUACAGGGGACCUGGUGAGAAAGCUGCAGGAGUGACGAUAGAGUCUUCAGACUUGGAACUGCUACCACGAACUGUGGAAGAUAGUGUAAUAACAGUGCCUAGUUAUAAAAGAGACUCACUAGAUGAGCAAAGUGCAUUAACCUCAAAGAUUGAUGAGCAAAGUGCAUUAACGUCAAAGAUUUACGAACAAAGUGCAUUUACCUCAGAGACUGAUGAGCAAAGUGCGUUAACUUCAAAGAUUGACGAGGAAAGUACACUAGCUUCAAAACCUACCACCCCUUCAGGCACUAAGUUGCCACCUGAUUCAGCUAUGACUGUGAUGCAAGGUCAUGCUUCUACGGCCUCAUCCCCAUCCUCGGUGCUUCUAGCCAAGCACUGGGGUCCUGAGCGCAUGGUGGAGAUCCUGCGUGAACCCAACUGCAGUCUGGGGAUAAGUAUUGUUGGAGGAAAGGUUGAUUUGUACAAUGCAGGCCCAGACAGUGGGUCAGCAAUCUCAGGAAUCUUCAUAAAGAAUGUAUUGCCCCAGAGUCCAGCAGGCCGUGCUGGUGAGCUCAAGACUGGAGACAGAAUAUUGGAAGUGGAUGGCAUUGAUCUCCGGCAAGCAAGCCACGAGCGAGCUGUGGAAGUGAUACGUGGGGCAGGCAACCCCGUGUGCUUCUUGGUGCAGUCCCUCAUUCAGUGGAGUGUGGACGGAGAUGUUGAGAGUCAUACGACUGAAGUUGCGUCCACAUCCUCCGCAGGAGCAGCUGGUGGCUCGAGACAGCCCUCCACCACUUCUUCUUCCCCCACCAGAGAACUUCUAAGGGUGGCCCCUCCACACGUCCCGCAGGCCAGAACACAGAGCCCAGAGCUGAUCCAGGAGGUGCAGGACAAGGAGCAGCCACAGUACUCAUCCAGCGAGGCCAGUGAUGACGAGGAGGAGGAGGAGGAUAUCAGGGACUUGGAGGGGCGCAUCUACACCAAGAUGGGACGAGAGAUAUACCGAGCCAGUGCUGGUAAUGUGAAGAGGUCUAAGGAAGAGGCGGAAGCAGACCCAGAAGAGGAGGACGAAUAUGGCUACACCACAAGUGAGUACAAAAGUUCUUAUGUUUUACAGACUGUAACUGUAACUGUGGACUUCCUAUGUUUCGUCUGUGUGAUGCGUGAUGCUUCUGCAUGCCGUUCUCUGCCUGUCUCACUGUGGUUAUAUUCAGACCUGUGGUCAUCAAAUUCUUUUAAAGCAAAGAAGGAGAUGGAUAGUAGAGAUAGAGGUUGUAAGGGUUGGAGGUGGAUGGAACUGGCUCAGGAUUGUUUCCAGUCGACGGCAUUGAAGCUCAGGUUUCUGCGUUCGUUAUUUUUCAUGCGAAACGCGAGGAACGUCCACACAUUCACAGAUAAGGUGAAGAAGAAGUAUGGGUCCCAGGGCCACUCGGUGCUGGCUGUGCAGCUGGAACGGGGCCGACAGGGCCUGGGACUGAGUCUCGCGGGGCACAAGGACCGCAGCCGUAUGGCCGUGUUCGUGUGCGGCCUCAAUCCGAACGGCGCGGCGUCCCGUUCGGGCGGCAUCCAGGUCGGCGACGAGAUCCUCGAGGUGAAUGGCGUUGUACUGCAGGGACGGUGUCAUCUCAAUGCCUCGGCCAUCAUCAAGGGACUGCCAGGGCCUAUUUUCAAAGUGAUUGUGUUAAGACGGGAUGCCGCUCUGGACGACCUAGCUGUGAAGCCGAUCACCCAGUUCCCUGUUACACUAGAUGAUGAGGCACCUGAGGAACGGUACAGCAGCUUCAAAGGUCUACGCACUAUCACUAUCAAGAAGCCAUGUUGCCUGGAGGCUGGUCCGAGCCCUACCCAGCAGGGAGCUCAGGGUCUGGGUAUCAUGAUAAUUGAAGGCAAACAUGCCGAGGUCGGGCAAGGUAUCUUUAUCUCGGACAUCCAGGAAAGCAGUGCUGCAGAACAGGCUGGCCUCAUUGUAGGGGACAUGAUUCUGGCUGUGAACAAGGACACACUCCUGGGAUCAGACUAUGACUCGGCUGCCACUCUGCUGAAGAAAACAGAGGGUGUAGUCACACUGGUAGUGUGCAAUCCAAACAAAGCAAAGGAAGAAGAGAAGAAGGCUGUUGAAACAGAUGUCCGUAGUCCCACACCCACACCACAACUCAGUGCAGUAAUAGUUUCUCCCACACCCAAGGAACUAGAGAAACCAAGAUUGCUUCCAAAACCACAACUGUCAUCAUUGAAAACACAAAUAUCUCCACCAAAAUCCAUCCAAACAAUGUCACCAAACUCUGGCCUUCAAACGACCGAAACCCUGGUGGCACACACAAAAUCUCCCACUACAAUUCCUGGUUCAUGCCUGGUUCAUCUACCCUCCCUUGCAUUGACACCUGUCUCGCCAAAUGCCUCUCCUUCCUCGACAUUGCGAUUGUCUCCCUCUUCUUCAGCCAAACACCAAUCCAUAACUCCAGAAGACCUGCCCUCUGACCCAACAAAGUGUGAGAUUAUGCCUGGCAAGGAAACAACUGUGGAGAUCAACAAGGACAAGAUGGGUCUCGGACUCAGCAUAGUGGGCGGGUCAGACACACUGCUGGGUGUGAUAAUAAUACACGAGGUGUACCCAGAUGGUGCUGCAGCCAAGGAUGGCCGCCUCAGACCAGGGGACCAGAUCCUGGAGGUCAACAAUGAGGACUUUCGGAGCAUCACACAUAACAAAGCACUGGCAGCACUGCGACAAACUCCUGCUAAGGUGAAGAUGGUGGUGUUCCGAGAUGAAGCCUCUGUGAAGGAGGAGGAUAUCUUCAAUGUGAUGGAGGUUGAGCUCACCAAGAAACCUGGAAAGGGGCUGGGCCUCAGUAUAGUGGGUCGCAAAAAUGGGAAUGGUGUUUUCAUUUCUGAUGUGGUACAUGGUGGCACUGCAGAGGCAGAUGGGCGCCUCAUGAAAGGUGACCAGAUAUUGGCUGUGAAUGGUCAAGACUUGAAGAGUGCCACACAGGAGGAGGCAGCUGCCAUUCUCAAGACUGCAAUGGGCAAAGUGACUAUGAGGCUGGGGCGCCUCAAGGCCAGCUCGAAACGGAGCUCAAACAUUGACAGGAGCAGUAAUGUGGCACCACAUCUUCAUACACGCACUAUGGUGCUUGAACGUGGGCCAGAUGGACUGGGGUUCAGCAUUGUGGGGGGGCACUGCAGCCCGCAUGGUGACCUGCCAAUCUAUGUGAAAACUGUGUUUGAGAAAGGGGCAGCAGCCCAUGGUGGACAGCUUCAUCGAGGGGAUCAGAUCUUGGCAGUGAACAGCGUCAGUUUGGAAGGGCUUACUCACCAGCAAGCUGUGGCAGUGUUGAAACGCGCCCAGGGCAAUGUGACACUCACCAUCCAAUCAUAGCAUGGACGCUGCCUCUAGUGCAUCGAGUGAGUGGAGUCCGCUUCUAGUCAGAAUGCCCACCCUACUCAGGAAUCCAGUAUGAUAGGGACCACAGUUUUAAUGGAUGGGCCAUAGUAUAGGGGUUCAGUAUUAAAAAUCCCUCUCCCUAAUGCUAUUGAGAGUAUUCCAGAAGACAAUGUUGUAAAGAGCAAAACAAAUUUAAUAAUUAGUUAUUCUACAAAUGUUACAAGUUGAAAUUUUAAAUAACUCAUUAGUUGAGCAGUUAGUUAGUAUUUACAAGAGUUUAUACUUGGUGAUAUGUGUAGAAGCUGUCUGUCCGAGGAACAGCAAAACAUCUUCUUGGUGUUAUAGAGGCCUUGACUGCUUGAACCUGGACACUCACAUUGAUGUGACUGUGCCAGCAAGAUCGCUUGUUAUGACAGUGGUGCAUUUUUAUUGCCCCCAGUUCGUUAUUUCUUGCAUUCCAAAGCUGAGUCAUCUUACAGUACACUUGCUCUCUUCUGUAUGUUGAGAAUGGAGCUGUCUCCACUUACACUGCCUGCGCCAGGUUACAAGAGGUCUGCUUGCAGUGAUUGAUAGUGACAAAUAAUUUAGUGACAUUGGAAUAAUAUUUUAAGACAUUUAUGAUUGGUUGAUCUUUUUAUAUGUUGUGGAAAUGAAGAUUCUGCUUCGUGUAUUAGACUGUAUCACUACAUACAGUGCGUCUCACAUGGAUGUCAUUCAUAUCAUGUAUGUAUAAAUUAUUGUUAAUGCAACUGUUUCAUCUCCUGUUAUUUCUUCAAAAUGUAACUCAAAUUCUUUCGUUA